UAAACUACCAAGUGUGCUGCUAGACAAGCUAAACUAUGCUCUAGUUAAACUACUGGCCUUUUAUUGUGCAUAAAUAUAGCUAGUAAACUUCAACACGUUCCGUGAAGACACGUAAGAAAUAUACCUAGCUACGAAUCUGUUGAUUGUGUUAUUGAGCAUUUUGCCCAGGAUAUUUUCUAACACAAAAAUGUCACAGUUAGAAAACGGUAUCGUUAGUAGCUAGCUAGAUAGGCGAUGUUGUAAAUUGCUUGGCUAAUUUCGCUCGAAUUCAGUGUUCACAGACCAUCAGGAUGUCGGUUCCUUUGUCUGGGGUAGAGCUGCUCAGAGUGUGUACAGUGCUCCAGGACUGUUCUGCACAGCUGUCAGUGCUGGGUCACAUCAUGCCCGACACCUACAGGGGUCGUCCAGAAGCUGAUAAGUUUGUGUCAGCCGACAUUGGACAGGUCCUUGAACAGCAGAAAGGGGCAGAGCAGAACCUGAAAGCAGCCCGUCAGUUUGAGAGAGAGUCUGGGAGACUGUCAGAUGCCACCCGUGAGCUGCACAGAUCCCAGAAGGAACUGAACCGCACGCUAGAGGAGGACCCACUGUCCCCUGACAACCUGGCCAAGGUGCAGAGAGACAGUCAGUUUGUGGGUCACGUGAUUGCUGAUGUGUUGGCAGAGCUGCAAGAGAAAGGGACCUUUCACAGCUUGCUUUUCGCUGUGGAAGAAGAGAAAAGAAGGAAGGCCAACCUCCAGGACAUAAUAAUCAGGGAGGAGGGCAGCCGGCGGAGGACCAAAGCUCUUCAGAGACAGCUGCUUGACAUCCGCAAGGAAAAAACUCUGGAGCUGCAGGUACCAUAACUGAGGAAGACAACGGAGACACAUUCCUUCACGUGCCCGAUAUGAUUUUCAAUCUAGUAAUGGGCAAGAUUAGAAUUAGGCUACACAUUGACUGACUCUUGGUGGUGCUCCAAGUUCCUUGAGGGUGUCAGACGUCG